ACCUGGCGGCGGGAACCUGGCGGCGCCCGCGCUGGGGCCCGACCCGGCAGGCUCCCUCCCGCUCCCGCUGCAGCCUGUGGCGCGGCCCGCGGGGCGUGUCCGGGCAGGCCUGCUCCGCCCCAGCCCAGCGGGACCGCGGAUGCCGCGGGAGCGGACGGGGCAGGGCAGGGAGCCGUGGGGCGGCGGGCAGCGCCAUGGGACUGGAGACGGAGAAGGCAGACACUCGUAUCUUCAUGGACGACGACAACUUCCCGCGGAGCGGUGGCCCCGCGCUGCCAGAGGUAGAGAAAUGCAGGGAGGACGAGCUGGACCGCGACCCCAGCGGGAUGAACGCCCACCUGCAGUUGGGAUUCGAGGAUGUGAUCGCGGAGCCCGAGCUGACCCACUCCUUCGACAAAGUCUGGGUCUGCAGCCACGCCCUCUUUGAGCUCAGCAAGUACCUGAUCUAUAAGCUCCUGACUCUGGUUCUUGCCGUACCGCUGGCCAUGGUCGUGGGGAUCCUCUUCGCGGUGCUCAGCUGCCUGCACAUCUGGAUUGUUGUGCCUUUCGUGAAAACCUGUCUCAUGGUCUUGCCUUCAGUCCAAACUAUAUGGAAGAGCCUGACAGAUGUUUUUGUCACACCGUUCUUUCAGAGCCUGGGCCGAUGCUUUGCCAUGAUUAAUAUUCGCCUGGACCAAGAGUAACAUCAGGGAUGCAAAACAGCUGUAACUGUAGCUAGUGUGAUACCUCUUUGCUAACCUAACAUACAAGCACUUACAUUCAUUCCAAACUGUUACACUUCAAUGACUGGUUUAAGUGAGAACAUGAUAUUUUUCUCUAAAACACAUUUCUUUUCAGGGAGAUCAGCUGAAGAAUAAGUAGGCAGUUUUCAUAGUUCGGUAUUUUAACAAAAGAGUGAAUGCAGAGUAUGUUGGCAACACUUUAUUUUAAUGGUACAUCGAUUGUUAGGUUAAAGGAGAAUUCUCAUGGAGGUUUAACAGCCACCACAGUGAUAAUGAUUUGCAUUAUUACUGUAAAUAUUUAAGUAGACUGUGAUGCUUUAGGUGAAACAGACCUGUACAUUGACUUUACUGCAAGGAUCAUUUUUGGCCCUCACUAUACAGAAUGAUCAACUUGAUCCUUUAUUAUCAGCAGCUAAAAUGAACGUGACUCACUGCACAAGUAUACUGGGAACUGUUGUGUAAUUCUCCUACACUGGGGAGGAAUAGCUCCCUCAAAGCUUAUCCCUUAAAAUAAGGUGUUAGCUAAUGAUUUGGUAUAUCAGCUAAUCUGUAUAUUUUAUUUAAUGAGAGAUUAACUUUGCUGUAUAUUUUGUUCCUUUGUAAAUGGCACGUGAUGAUUUUCUUUGAAGGAUUAUUUCUAUAGUAUCUGAAUCUUAACCAGCCUAUUAGACCAUAAGACAAUGCAAAAAUUUCAGUUUCUAAGUUAUCUAGAUUUUUAAGUGUUGUCAUGCAAUUCAUUAUAUAUGGAUGCAUGUAAAAGCAAAGAUUCUAAGCAUUUCAUACAAGACUAUGCAAAAGGGUUGGACAUAUCUGUUUAUGAGAAAUUAUUUUCAUUAAAUAGGGGUGUGGUAAAUGCAAACCUGCCUAUUUCUGUGUAUUAUCUGUGUGAAUAUUGUGAUAUUUAAAACAGACACUAUGCUGGCACUUUAGCAAAGUAGCAAGCUCCUAUAGAAGGCAAGUGAGUUUACCUUGUAUCCUUUUCUUGUCUUCCUUACCUACUGACUUGCUUGUUUACUACUUCAAAGUCUAUCUGCUAAAAAGCCCUUCUUCCUUCUCCACCUAAUAUGGCUUUGCAAAUCAGAAUAACAGAAAGUAUGCAGAGGUACAUUAAAAUUAGAUUGGCCUUCUGAUGGGCUUAUGCUGCUGUUUUUCUUUCAAUACAAAUGAUAAGUUGCAAUUGUAAAAUGUAUAUAUGACUUUUAAACUUUAUAUCAGAGAUUUCUUAUCAAGCAAAAGAUACGUAAUAAAGCAACAAAAGAUAUGUAAUAAAAUAAUACAACAUCAGCUUUUUCAUAUUUUCAACCUCACUUUUCCAAGUUUUUCAACCCUUUAAAAAGCUCUUAAAAUGCCAGAUUGCAUUAGAACACUAUGCAGUUCCUCUAGAAUAUGGGAGAGGGGAAAGAAAUGGAUGAACAUCAAUAUGGUUCUGCUACUAACAACUGCAUCUAAUUUAUUUAUAGUGGAAAAUUACAUAUCUCAGUGCAUAAUUAAGCCCACACAGAAUGAUUGCGUUCUCUGAAGCAGGUCUCUCAAUGCAGAAUUAUGGCUACAUUCAGAAAAACACUUUUUAUGAGUGCAUGCUUUAUUUACUGAUUUUCCUUUUCUUGUUUAUCAGCCUACAGAAGCUAGCUGACACUGUAUAUUCUUUGUAUAUUGAGAACAUCUUUGUAUGUUAAAAGUAUUUUUACUGUUUGUGCCAUUUAGAGGUGGAUUCAUAUGGCUUAUCAAAACUGGAUCUUAAAGAUUAGUGCCCAUGGAAGCUUCUUUGGAACAAAUGAAAAACAAACAAACAAAACAAACCCCAAACUAUCUUGCUGUUCAGAUGUGCUCUUCAAGAUACCUUUCUUAUGUUAAAAGUGGAAUAUCUCUUUUGAAAAUAAAAAUUGAUCAGGCUACGCUUGAA